AUGAUGGCUGACGAGGAGGAGCGAGCAGAGAAACUGGCUGCGGCCAAGAAAAGAGUGGCCCAGCUCCAGAAACAAAAGAAGAAGGCAAACAAGAAGACCUCUAGUGCUACAGAUACUCCUAAAGACUCUGAAUCAACAAAAGAUCUUGAACCCGAGUCUACUGAAAGUACCCCUGCUACAACAGAGGAGCCACCAGUAACAGACGGUACCAGCAACGAGAAGCCACAAGAGGACAACAACACAGCUACAGAGACCACCGACACAAAGCAAGCUAUUAAACAAGAGUCAGAAGCAGAACAAGACAAGCACGAUGAAUCAGCUAGAUCUCCCGUCGAGCCAAUGCCUCCUGCCCCUACAUCCCCUGGCCCGGACGUCGAGCCGCAAGCUGCUCUACUCGAUAACCCUCGUGCCGGCCAUACUCGCCAACCAUCUCUUUCGAUCCAAUCGAAAAUGCGCUCAUCCUCAUUCCGCAAGACCUCCGUUUCCAAAGGCAGCUCCUCUCCUUCCCCGUCGACCCUAAAGUCUCCGCAGUCACUACCGCCUCUGACCGGGGACGGCGAAUCAGUCCACGAGGUGUUCCGCAAGCAAUCAACGCGUAUUGAGGAGCUGGAGAAGGACAAAAAGCAUGUGGAGAAGGAACUUGGGGACGUCAUGGUGCGCUGGCGCAAGACAGAAGAACAAUUAGAAGACUUGCGCGAGGCAAGUGUCGACGGGGCGGAGCUGCGAGAGAAGCUUAAGAAAGCUGAAGAAAAGGCAGCAAGCAUUGAAUCAUUAAAAGAAGAGAUUGCCGCGCUACAACGGCAGAACUCACAGCUUCAGUCUCGCUCACAUCGCAAUAAUUCUGCCCCUGGAACUUCAGAAUCGCCAGUAGAUCUUAUUCGUCAACUUGAAUCCAAGUCAGCUACAAUUGAGGCUAUGGAGCUGGAUAUCUCGAAUCUACGCGCACAGCUCACUUCUGAAUCUUCCUCGUCCGAAGCACAUGCGGCCCAGAUAGCCGCAUUAGAAGAGAAAGCGUCACAGAGCCAGACCGCACUCGAGCGUGUGCAGCGCGAUCUGACCGAUACCAAAGAAGCAUUGACGCGCGCCUCGGAGAAGGCACUCAAGGAAGGCGUAGACAAGACCUCUACCGACACCUUGAUCAAGAAUCUCCAGCGCGAGAUCGAAGAAGUCAAGAGUGAGAAGAGCGAAGCCGACAAGAAAAUUGAUACCCUGGAAAAGAAACUGCAGGCACUGGGUAAUUUACACAAAGAGUCCGAGACUCGACACCAGACCCGAUUGAAGGAGACGGAGAAAUUAGAGAAGGAGAAUGCAGUACAGCUGAAGAGGCUCGCUAGCGUCGAGAACGAGAAUCUUCGUCUCCGCGAGGAACAAGACCGCACGCGCAAGCGCGAUGCAAGCGGCGCCGCCGACGACGAGCUCGAAGAGCUCGAAGACGAAGAGCGUCAGCGGUUGGAACGCCGUAUCCGCGAAUUAGAGGGUGAAGUCUUCGAUCUGCGCCGCGGUGUCUGGCAAGAGAAGCGCCAGGAACUAGCCGACCAUCAGCAUAACAUCGAAGGUAGCGAAGCUGGCGGGGAUGCCGGAGCGAAUGCCUUCGAUGAUGUUGAUCUGAUAGGCGGCCGGCCUGACCAUAGUCGUCGUCGUAGCAUGGCCAUGCAGCAGCACUCUUCACUUUCGACGGUACUGUCUAGUGGUAUUGCGGCCUUCACUGGUAGUGCCAAUCGCCCUCGUGCUGGUUCUAACCAGCCUCAAGCUACCCGCGGCAGUCUUGAGCUCCUAGCCGAAGAGAAUUUCGAUGACGAGUUUGACGAAGCGGAGUUUGCUCGAGCCCAGGCUGAAGAGGAGGCUCGCAAGCGUGUUGAGUGGGUACGUGAGAUCAAGCGUAAGCUGCGUGACUGGAAUAGCUGGCGCUUAGAUCUUGUUGAUAGUCGCGCUGGCGCUGAGGGCUUCGGCGUGGGUAUGGGCCAAAUCUUUGAGGUAUAG